AUGCUCUCCACAGCAGAAUCGACGUUUGGUUCCGAGACAUAUGCUUCGGCAGAUGUCUCAACCUUACCGACAACGCCUGAUCGAAGUGCAUCGUGCAGCCCUGCACUAGAUGAGAGCACAGACGAGCAUGAUAGCGCAUCUAACGGAACCAAGACCACCUCAGAAGCCGACAGCGACUUGGAGACCAAAGUCCAACCCAAGACUAUACGCAGCAUUUGCUGUGUAGGAGCUGGAUAUGUCGGCGGUCCAACCGCUGCCGUCCUGGCACUCAAGAAUCCAUCGAUCAAGGUGACGGUGGUUGAUCGCGAUGACCGUCGUAUCCGAAGAUGGAACUCUCGACAUCUUCCAAUCUAUGAGCCGGGUCUUGCUGAGGUUGUGCGCAUGGCACGAGACGGGUUGGGGGAGGCCUCCAAGUUUCAGAAGGCGAGCACGACGGGAGAUUUACGGAAGCCAAACCUGUUCUUCUCAGCAGAUGUAUCUCGGUGUAUCAGUGAAGCAGAUGCCGUCUUGAUUGCUGUCAACACACCCACAAAGAUGCGCGGUACCGGUAAAGGCUGUGCCACCGAUAUGACAAGCUUCGAAGCUGUGGCGCAAGAAGUUGUUCGCCAUGCAAGGGAUGGCACUAUCAUUGUUGAGAAGAGCACAGUUCCCUGCAGAACAGCGCAGAUGAUCCAAGAAAUGAUUCGUAUCCAAAGACCAGGUGCUCAUUUUGAGAUCCUUUCGAACCCCGAGUUUUUGGCUGCGGGAACUGCCGUACAGGACCUUCUCCGACCAGACCGUAUUAUCAUCGGAUCUGCGACCACUCCUGAAGGGCUCUCUGCCGCGGAGGCGCUUGCAAAAGUUUACGCAUCAUGGAUUGACCGCUCGAGAAUAAUCACGACCAAUGUAUGGUCCUCAGAAUUGGCUAAACUGGUCGCCAACUCUAUGCUUGCUCAGCGUCUGAGCAGUAUCAACAGUAUAUCUGCACUUUGCGAGGCAACGGGUGCUGAAAUCAACGAAGUAUCGGCCGCAAUUGGCGCUGAUACCCGUCUAGGAUCCAAGUUCCUUCGUGCCGGUAUCGGGUUCGGUGGCUCAUGCUUCAAGAAGGAUGUUCUCAGCCUGGUAUACCUUGCCGAAUCCCUCGGUCUGCAGGAAGUUGGCGAAUACUGGCGCCAAGUUGUCGAGAUGAACGAGUAUCAACGAAACCGAUUCACUUCACGAGUUAUCAAGCGCUUGAACAGCACUCUUGUCACGAAAAAGAUUUGCGUAUUAGGAUAUGCCUUCAAGAAGAACACCUCGGACACACGUGAAGCACCGGCACUUGAGAUCAUCAAGACUCUCCUAGAUGAGAAUCCCCGUGAAAUUGCAAUCUUUGAUCCCUGCUGUAACCCAGUGGUGAUCGAAAACGAGAUUCGUUCAUUGCAAGAUUAUGGACCUCCUCUAUUGAGUGAUGAUGGUGGAUCCAUCAAGGUGUACUCUGAUGCAUACGCAGCUUGCGCCGGCUCGAAUGCCAUUCUCCUCGUCACCGAAUUCGACGAGUUCAUGAACUUCUCUAUUCCCUCAAGUGGCGCCUCGUCCAGCGUCAACUCACAAGGAAAGACAAAGUCGGCUGACUCUGAGAUCAAUGAUUCUACGAAGCAGCACUUCAAUGACGAGCCAGACUGCGCUGCCAACUGUCCGGAUUGCCAAUCGGGCACUGGGUAUGGAGACUCCAGCGCUGAUAACACCGACAACCUCCCAAAGAAGCAGCUAGAUUGGGAGCGAAUCUCCUCUGAAAUGCAGUCUCCCAAGUGGCUCUUUGAUGGGCGAUGCGUUAUUGAUGUUCCCAAGAUGGAGUCACUGGGCAUUCGGGUUGAGGCGAUUGGUUCCACUGGCUGGAGUGUCUAG